AUGAACAACCAGGAAGUCCUUGACAACAUAGACGACCGCAUGCACAAGCCUUCAGGGGAUCUCCUCAUGCGACGGAAAAAAACAACAACCCAUUACCAUGCGAACAUAGCGCUACAGCGCUCCGCAAAACCGAGAGUUUUAAAGGAAAUUGGCUUUGUUGCGGACUGGCGGGCCUCAAACAAGGCCAGAGCCAGCUCAGGCGAUACACAGGGCAAAGGCAAGGGCAAAGCUGGGGACUUCAGUGGGUACAACAAGGAUCCGGACACAGGGACACUGUAUCGCUACGCGGAAGAUGGUACUAUAGUGUACCUGGAUCCCAAGUCCCGACGGGAGUACUAUUAUGACGGACAUGGGCAGUCUGCAUGGCUUUGA